AUGUCGACACCCGGCGAGGUCCCCGAGCGUAUUAGCUUCCCCUCCACAGAGGAGGGCGUGCUUUCGCACUGGAAGGACAUCGACGCUUUCCACACAGCCAACAAACUCAGCGAGGGCCGCCCCGUCUUCUCGUUCUAUGACGGCCCUCCCUUCGCCACCGGCCUUCCCCAUUACGGCCAUCUCCUCGCAGGCACAAUCAAAGACACCGUCACCCGCUUCGCCUACCAAACAGGCCAUCAUGUGCCCCGUCGCUUCGGCUGGGAUUGCCACGGCCUGCCUAUCGAGUUUGAGAUCGAGAAAAUGCUCGGCAUCAAAUCGAGGGACGAUGUCCUCAAGUUAGGCAUCGACAAGUACAAUGCAGAGUGCAGGAAGAUCGUUAUGCGCUACUCAAAAGAAUGGGAAACUGUGGUCACCAGGCUCGGCCGUUGGAUCGAUUUUGAAAAUGACUACAAGACUCUUGACACCUCCUUCAUGGAGACGGUGUGGUGGGUUUUCAAGUCCCUGCAUGCAAAAGGGCUCGUCUAUCGCGGCUUCAGAGUGAUGCCGUACUCCACCGCCUGCACAACCCCGCUCUCCAACUUCGAGGCAGGUUUGAACUACAAGGACGUCGACGAUCCGGCUGUUGUCGUUUCCUUUCCCAUCAUCGACGCCGAGGAGCCUGCGUCUUUCCUCGCGUGGACCACCACCCCAUGGACUCUUCCAUCCAAUCUCGCUCUUUGCGUCAGGGAUGAUUUGGACUACGUGUAUGUGGCCGACCAUAAGUCGGGCAAUACAUAUGUGCUGGCAGAGUCUCGUCUAGUCCAACUGUACAAAAACCCAAAAAAGAAGAAGGGAUUUGAGAUCUUGAGAAAGGUUAAGGGUAAGGAGUUGGUGGGUCUCAAGUAUCAACCGCUUUUCGACUAUUUCAAGAACGAGUACGGUGAGCGCGCGUUCAGGGUGCUCUCGGAUGAGUACGUCACUGACGCGGAUGGUACUGGUAUUGUGCAUCAGGCGCCAGCGUUUGGAGAGGAUGAUUACCGCGUGUGCACCACGAAUGGCAUCGUGGAUCUUGGCGAGGACUUGCCGUGUCCCGUGGACGACGAUGGCAAGUUUGUGGACCCCGUUGUCGACUUCGCGGGGUUGCACGUGAAGGAAGCCGACAAGAAGAUCAUUGUGGAAUUGAAGGAGAGGGGCCGCCUUGUGAAGAAUGACUCUCUCAACCAUCGCUACCCCUUCUGCUGGCGUUCCGAUACGCCACUCAUCCAGCGUGCAGUGCCGUCUUGGUUCGUCAACGUCACGGCAAUCAAGGACAAACUUGUCGCCAACAAUAAGGAAACUUAUUGGGUGCCGGGCUUCGUCCAGCACAAUCGCUUCGGCAGCUGGCUGGAGAAUGCCCGAGACUGGAAUGUAUCCAGAAACAGGUACUGGGGCACCCCGCUCCCUGUGUGGACCAAUGACGAAACUGGUGAAUUCAUUGUCAUCGGUUCUGUGAAGGAAUUGGAGGAACUGUCGGGACGCACGGGCAUUACCGACCUUCAUCGCGAUUCCGUCGAUGAUAUUGAGAUCAAAUCACCGAAGACGGGGGCGGCCUUGAAACGAACCUCUGAGGUAUUUGACUGCUGGUUUGAAAGUGGCUCCAUGCCAUACUCAUCUGUUCACUAUCCAUUUGAGAAAGACAGCGAAGAGCAGUUCAAACACUCGUUCCCCGCACCAUCAAUCGGUUGGCAACCACAUGAAUAUCGUUGCUGGUUUUACACUUUGAUGGUGCUGUCGACGGCGCUUUUUGACAAGCCUGCUUUCAAGAACUGCGUCGUCAACGGCCUUGUCCUUGCUGAAGACGGUAAGAAAAUGUCGAAGCGAUUGAAGAAUUAUCCAGAUCCUGUGCAUGUUCUAAGCAACUACGGUGCUGAUGCGCUGAGGCUGUAUUUGGUCAACUCACCGGUCGUGCGGGCGGAACCCUUGCGGUUCAAGGAAGAAGGGGUGCGUAACGUCAUCAAAGAUGUCAUGCUGCCCUGGUUCAAUUCUUUGCGAUUCCUCACCCAAAACGUCCGAGCACUGGACAAGUCAUCUGGGGUGCCACUCAAAAUAGCUGAUGCGUCAAAGCAUGAAAAGCAUAAGAAUCAAAUGGACGUGUGGAUUGAAUCGGCUCUAGGUUCACUGACGGCUGCCGUUCACGAGGAGAUGAGUGCAUACCGUCUCUACACCGUGGUCCCCAAGCUUCUGAGCUUUGUUAAUUCGUUGACAGAUUGGUAUGUCCGCCUUAACAGGCCGCGUUUGAAGGGAAUGGGGACGGAGGAAGAACAAAGAGCGGCUCUAGGAACACUGGCUCAUGUUCUUCUGACCUUGGCACAGCUCAUGGCACCAUUUGCUCCUUUCUUCGCUGAAUACACAUACCAGAUUUUGAAGCCUGUAGCUCCUGAGGAGCUCCAGUCCGGUUCUGUUCACUUUCUGAUGCUACCUGAGGUAGAUACGAGUCAUGUGGACAAGCCAUUUGAAGCGGCUAUCGAACACAUGAAGGCUGCAAUCGUGCUUGGACGCGUCGGUCGUGAGCACAAAGAAAUUGCUUUGAAACAACCACUGAAAGAAGCAACCGUUAUUCACAGGGAUACGAGCGUUAUUGAGUCUGUUAGAUCUCUGGAGAUGUACGUUCGUUCCGAACUAAAUGUGCGGACGGUCAAGUACUCGUCCGAUGAAUCUGAAUACGUGAUGCUGAAAGCUGACGCUGAUGGUCGUGUUUUGGGACGAAAACUCGGCAAGGACUUCAAGACAGUGCACAAAGCUGUGCGAGCAUUGAAACCGGAGGAGGUCCUUAAGUUGGAGUCGCAGGGUGAGCUGGAAGUGGCUGGGCAUAUUUUGACAAGCAGCGAUGUGAAGAUCAGUAGGGAGCUAAAGGAAGAAUUCAAGACCUGUGGUGACUUACAAGUAGAAACAUCUUCUAAUGGGCUGCUUGUCGUCCUCAAUAUGGUGCGCGAUGAGGACCUGGUGAAUGAAGGUACGGCGAAGGAAAUGAUCAACCGAAUUCAAAAGCUUCGAAAGAAGGUGAAUCUGAGACCAGAGGACAAGAUUGAAAUAUUUAUUGAUACUGAGGAUGCCUCGUUACUAUCUGUUAUGUCCAGCAAGGAAAGUGUAUUCCGGGAUGUGCUGAACGGCUGUAUUCCUCUAGUGAUUUCCGAAAAGGCGGAAGAAGCGGUGGAGAUUGCUUAUGAAAGCGUAGAAGCGAUUGGUGAAGCCGAGCUGAAGGUUUGCCUGACCAAGGCGUCAGUUGCGCCCAGCACCGCGCGGAUCCAGGAGCUUGUGAGUGGGAAUCAAAGAGCAGCGCAAGCUAUUUCGGCGUAUCUGCGGUGUCGGGAUCUGAAGUGCCUCAACGUGGAGAAGAAGGAGGAUGGUAUGCUUGAGAGUGUGGAUGUGGCAGUGACAGUGGAUGGGGAGGUGAGGUGCUGCUCUGUACGGAUAGGCAAGGAAUUGUUCUUGUGCACCGCGGAUCGCGUAGCUGCCGGAGCUCCUUUGUGA